AUGCCGGGUGCUGUCGUCGGAAAUGCUACGAGAAUCUGGGAGUUGAACGUCCACUGGGCUCUGCAUAGCCAGUGUGGCAUAUGGGAUCCCAGAGGGCGCGGUGUGGAUAUCUGGGAGUGUAUACGAGAUCAUGACUCGACUCCCGGAACUCAGCCUCCCAAUGUCUUGUACUGGCGAUACGUCGCGCGAAGAUGA